AUGAAGAAAGAGGACCGUGAAGAUUUCAUCUCUUACGGCGGAAGAGGAAACCGGGACUGCCAACGGUUUCAGCCGGCUUCGCUGACUGAAGACCAUUUCAAAUGCCUUAUGUUCCUUUGCAGCCUACAGUCCCCAGAGGACGCCAGUAUUCUUCUGCGGCUACUCAACAAAAUUGAGGAGAACGAUGUCAGUAUUACCAAAUUGGUAGCCAAGUGCAAUCCCUUGCUUAUUCUGAAACAUGACACUGAAAUGGUUGAAUCUAUUAACGCUACCGAUUCUGCCACUCUAGGUCUCAACACAAAUCCAGCAUUACCGAUGACGCGGUAUCAGCCUGCACCAACAAACUGGCCCGAACGAAAACCCAUAACUUCCUGCUGGUUGUUUGGAGCAGGCAGCUUCACCGGAAAUCCAGUUGUCUUGCAAGGUAAAUUCAAAUGUAUCUAUCGUUUCAAUUCGAAACCCUUGUUCGGAAUGUGUUACGUGUCUAAUUCUGACAGCAGUUACCUCUUCGGAGCUGAGUGGAUCGAGAAAUUAGGUCUCUUCGACCUACCGUUCAACAAGGUUCAGGAUGAACCUGCAGCACGCAGGUCGCGCGGUCCUUCAGCUUCCUCGUAUCCCCUUCCGCUUCUGGAGGAUAUUUUCUCAACGCUCAACGGUGGCACUGUUUUCUCUUACAUUGACUUCUCAGACGACUACCUUAAAAUUGAACUAUCCGAAGAAUUCAAGGAACUGGUCACCAUCAGCACACACCGAGGACCUUAUCGCUAUAAUCAGCUUCCGUUUGGAGUAAAGGCUGCACCAGGAAUCUUUCAACAACUCAUGGAUUCCAUGAUUUCCGGUCUUUCUGGCUCCGUUGUCUAUCUCGGCGAGGUCGUUGUCGGCAAAAACGAAGCAGAGCACCAAAAGAACCUCGAGACUCUAUUUUCCAGAAUUUUUGAUUUCGACUUUCACCUUCGCUUUGAAAAAUACCGCUUCGCCAUGGCUCAAAUCAGUUAUCGUGGCUGUAUCCUCAACCGGUACGGUCGACGUCCCUAUCCUGCCAGAACCGAAGUCAUCUUCAAUAUGCCAGAAUCUACAGGCCUUCCGCCCGCUGCGGUCUUUCCUCAAUUUUGUCAACUAUUACAAUGCCUUCAUUAA